CUUCCCGGCUACUAUGAUACUUCGGGUUUGGGUUUGAGUACUCCCAAUCUUAUCGUGUCGCACCACUGAUACGUAUUGCAGGCUAUCAAAGGCGACGUUCAGGUCGUGAAAAAGCGCGGUGUCUACAUCAAACGAUAGCUUCAGACUUGCCGAAGGGAACCACCUCUUGUCUGCUCACUGUCACCGGUAGACAAACAUGGGGAUGCGGCGUAGACUGCUCCAGAAGCUUGAAGUGCCCAAUCAGGAGGAGGCGCAAGCGGACCGAUGGAACAACCAUGAUCUGAAGCCAGUCGAACCUGCGCGGAGGACAUGGGGGGCGAGGCAGUUCGUCGAACUGUGGAUCCUGGUUAACAUGAACAUCUCCGGGUAUCAGACUGGCUCGUCGCUCGUGGCUGAUGGGCUCAGUUGGUGGCAAGCAAUCAUCUGCAUCGCGUUCGGGAACAUCCUAGCUGCAAUCUUCUGCACACUCAACUCAACGUCCGGAGCCUACUACCACAUUGGCUAUCCGGCGAUCGCACGAAUAGCGUUCGGCAUGAACGGCAGUUACUUUGCCGUCCUCAACCGUAUACUGCUCUCCGUCGUGUGGUUCGCCGUGCAAGCCUGGAACGGCGGUCUCUGCGUGCUCGUCUGCCUGCGCGCCAUUUUCCCGGGGCACAUCGACCGCAUCCCGAAUCCGUUCCCCGCGCGCACAGGCAUGAACGGCGCGCAGUUCAUGUGCUACGUGCUCUUCAUGCUGAUUUGCGUUCCGUUGACGUACAUUCACCCGCACAAACUCAAUAUGUUCUUCAAGAUAUGCUCCGUGAUCGUCUUCAUUAACCAGCUCGCAAUGCUUAUAUGGGCGCUCGCGACCAUGGAAGGCGGCUUGUCCAGCGGUGUCCUCUCGUCCGGCGAGGCUCUUGACAAGUCUAGCUUGGCGUGGGCGAUCUGCAGUGGCAUCAUGGCUCAGAUUGGGGGCAUCGCUGCGGGUAUCCUUAACGAUAAUGAUUUUACACGAUUUGCAAAGACCCCGGAGAGACGGGCAAUCAUGGCCCAAGCUCUCACCUUCCCUGUGACGGCCUUCCUGACCUCUCUCUUUGGUAUACUGAUUACCGCUGCGACCGCUGAACGUUAUGGCGAAGCCCUGUGGAACCCACCCGGCUUGCUCUUAGCAGCGCAGAAGGCAGGUGGUUCUGGCUCGCGCGCGUCUACUUUCUUCUGUGCUUUCGGCUGGGUAAUUACUCAACUCGGUAUCAACAUCCCUGGGAAUUUGGUCGCCGGCGGUGUAGAUGUGGCUGCGUUGUGGCCAAAGUACAUCAACUUGCGCCGAGGUGCAUACAUGGUCCUCAUCGUUUCGCUGGCUGCCAACCCCUGGCAGCUCCUCAGCUCUUCAAGUGUAUUCCUAGAGGUGCUCAGUGCGUACUCUGUCUUCCUUAGUCCCAUGACUGGCCUGCUCGUCAGCCAGUACUACGUCAUCCAAAGACGCUACUUCAAGGUCCCCGACGUGUACAUCGGUGACAAGCGGUCGAUAUACUGGUACACCUGUGGUAUCAACUGGCGCGCCUUCGUCGCCUUCUUCGGCGGAGUCGCGCCGUGCAUUACCGGCUUCGUCGGCUCCGUGUCCAACCACACCGUCAGCGCGGCGACCGUGCACAUCUACGACCUCAACUAUAUCGUCGGCUUCGGCAUCUCCUUCGUCGUCAAUUGGGCGCUGCACUGCCUGUUCCCGGUCCCGGAGCAGCGGGAGUUCGUGAGGAGGAUGGAAGAGGCGGGUGCGCCGAAGCACCUGGAUGGGCUGAUGGAGUACUUGGAGGAGGUCGACGGGAAGUCGACGAGCGAGUCGUACGAUGUCGGCGUUAUUGAGGAGAAGGUCGGUGAAGAGAAGGGAUUGUCAGACAAAGAGGCCGAGUGAAGAUUUAUUGUAUCGACGAUCUGACAAUGGUUGCUCAGUGAAUCAAUUUCCGUCUGGAAUGCGAUCCGUCUCGUCCAUCUUCUA